AUGGCAAUGCUAGAGACUGUUUCGCGAAAUCUGCAUGCUGAAAAGAAUGGUAAACAGUACCACCCAUUGUUAUUCUUGGACGUUCUGAUGUUGGGAGGACCCAGAAUCGCUACAUUUGUGGCAAUAAACCUGGGAGGCCCUGAAAUACAUUCCAUCUACCGGUGGCGCAAUCAAUAUCAUAUUAUUGUUCCUGAAAAGCCCCUUUGGGGAGGUAACAAAAAGUAUGUAUGUAUGUAUGUUGACAUAAAUGGAGGGAUUCAAGAAAGCAAUUUCAAGAAACUUGGUCCACUGUAAAAAGAA